ACGGCUCCCGUAGCUGUCAAAAUGGCAAUCGCCUUGCCAGUUUGGGCGAUCCCCGCCUCUUCCUGUGCCUCUGUCUGACCACUUCACCCGGUGUGUGAGUGGAGGAGAGGAGAAGACGAUGAUCACAGAGCCGAGGGGUCGCUGAAGGGAAUAGUGGAGCAAUGGAGGCAGCUGUGGGCACCCCGUACUCACAAAGGGAAUUCAGAAACAAGAAAAGGGAUGUCUUCGAAGAUAUACUUGAAGAGCGGCGACAGUCGAGUGACCUGAGAUAUGCAAUGAAAUGUUUCUCGCCUGUGAUCUACAGAAGUCUCACACCAUGCAAGCCAAGUGCCCUGAAAAGCAUGGUCUUACACUCCGAGCAGCUGCAAUAUGUUAUCAAGCAGAUCAGUUUCGAAUCUGGAGAAUCAUGCGAUGUUAUUCAGGAUCAGGCAGCUGAUAUCUUAGAUGAAAUGGGUCAAAAUUUAAAUCUUGCAACUGUUCGAAUGUUUGCUCUCACCUUGAGCAAGAUCUUCAAAACACUAUUCCAAAAAGUUUGUGUCAACGAGGAGGGCGUACAGAGGUUGGCUCAAGCUAUUCAUGAGCAUCCAGUUGUGCUUCUACCAAGUCAUCGGAGCUACAUCGAUUUUUUGAUGAUGUCCUACGUAUUGUACACUUAUGACCUUGCACUUCCUGUCAUUGCAGCUGGCAUGGACUUCAUGAGCAUGAAACUUGUUGGUGAGCUGCUUCGUAUGUCUGGUGCCUUUUUCAUGCGACGUACAUUUCGAGGAAACAAAUUGUACUGGACAGUCUUUGCUGAAUAUGUGAAGACAAUGCUGAGGAAUGGAUAUGCUCCAGUGGAGUUCUUUCUUGAAGGUCAAAGAAGCAGAUCAUGCAAGACAUUAAACCCAAAGUUUGGUCUUCUUAGUGUGAUCAUGGAGCCAUUUUUCAAAGGGGAAGUGUUCGAUACAUAUCUGGUACCGAUUAGCAUUAGCUAUGAACGAGUACUAGAGGAGUCUCUUUAUGCUUAUGAGCUUCUUGGAGUGCCCAAACCCAAAGAAUCUACAUCGGGCUUGCUAAAGGCCAGGAAAAUUCUUAGUGACAACUUUGGAAGCAUUCAUGUGUUUUUUGGAAAACCAAUAUCAUUGAGAGCUCUGGCCUCUGGAAGACUGAACCGAUCCCAAUAUAAUCUUGUUCCUAGGCAUCUUUCUCAGAAACCUUCAGAUGAUAUUCAGAAGUUUAUUUCUGACGUGGCCUAUAAAGUAGAGCUUCACCAAAUAGCCAACAUGGUCCUCAGCCCCGGAACCUUGAUAGCAGCCAUUUUGCUACAGAAUUUUCCUUCACUCAGUUACAAUCUAUUGGUUGACAAGACUUUGUGGCUGAAGGAUUUAACAGAGGCCUUUGGAGGAUGUCUAGAGUGGCCUGAUAACCUAUCUGCUAGUAAAGUGGUGCGUUCCAGUCUGGACCUUCAUGCAAAUAUCACAAAGCUUGUCGAUGGUGAGGUCUUUCUGUUUGACAGCAACCCAGAUGAGGUUUUCACAGAAGAGCUGGUGUUCAGUAGAGCAGUCUCUGUACUCAUGUGGGCCUCCUACAGGAAUCAGAUGGUCAAUGUUUACGCAAGGCCUGCUCUGGUGGUUCUAGCGAUGAAAAUGGCACAGAGUUCAAGGAGUGAGGAUGUUUACGAAAUGUUCGACUUCCUAAGAAAUCUUUUUUCCAAAGAGUUCAUCUUCUUUCCUGGUUUUGAAAAGAAAGAUUUUGAAGAAGGCUGCUUUCUACUAUCCAAAUUUGAUGUGGUUCAAGGCAGUCCACAUGAACUGGUCAUGACGGAGAAAGGAUCCGAAACAGUUGCGUUUUUGUUGAGAAUGUUUCAGCCCUUCUUUGAAGGUUAUCAGCUAGCCUCCAGACACCUAUUAGAGGACGUGACUAAGAAAUGGUCAGAACAGCAAUUCAUAUCUACUUUGAGGAGUUUUGUCACGCAGUGUAUAAUAGCUGGAACCACUACUUGUUAUGAAGCCUUAUCUUCUGAUAUGCAAAAGAACGCACUUGCAUCAUUUGUAAAUUUGGGUCUUGUGAAAGUUAGUAAACUUGAAGGACAGUCCACUUUUACUGUGAAUAAAGCUGCCAUUGCAGAUUUUUCAGGAAAACUUGGAUUGCAGAUUCUGGUCGAAAAGCCACCAGUGGCACGCCUUUAAGAGUUAAAAAAAAAAAAAAUUCUUGUGUGCUAAAGUUGCUUAUGCCAAUUGACUAACCACUCCAUUGUUUGUGUGAACUCCCGCUUCCAGUAUGAAAGAAGAUGCAUCUGGAUACUUAGUCUAAAGUAAAGAACCAUAAAAUACUGUAAUAUUGUAAUUAAGAUGGUGCAUUUUUUUUGAUGAGCAGAAGAAUUUGUUCCCAUCGAUGACUGGUCAUUAUUUAUGACCUAACAAAGCCAGUGAAAGAAGCGUCAAGAUCAAAUGUUACUGCUGUUGUUUUGCACAAUGAUUUUCAUUAUGAGCUUUUCACAGGCUAUAUAGCAAAAUGAGGUGCUGAAGAGCUGAUUGCACUAAAAAGGUCAGACUUUAUUACAAGCGGUCCUAAAGUACCAGAAACAUAAAUGAUAUUGGAUGGCUUGGUUACAUCAUAAUAACAUCCUUCACCCAAAUGUUUGAGAAAUUCUUCUACUGCCGGAACUACCUUGCAGAUAUCAUUUUCUGAAGCACAGAACUCUAAACUCAGGUCCUCAUUUAUAUCACCUACUGAAGCAUACAUUUUUUUUUUUUUUUUAACCUUGGAUAUUGCCAUUUCAUGUAACCCGAAUGCUCUUAAAAUUUUAUAUUUAUUUCAACUGCACUUCUGUUACGUUUUUUUUUUUUUUUUUCAGUUUGUCUUUUAUUGUAAGGCCUUGGAAAUAAAAUACUACUUUACUGUA